AUGAAUCCCCUCGAAGGUAUCCCACCAUCGCCGCCUCGCGAUAGUCUAAAGCGCCCCAGAAGCGAAAGCUCGGAUGACGACGCGGACCCCGAACCUAUAAGCUACAACAACCCACCGGGCGUGCGCUACGGCAAAGACUCUCUUGUCUGUGAUCAAUGCGGCGUCGGCUUCCGAAAGCAUUCAGACCUCAAGAAACAUAACGCCCGACACGCGCGACAAUAUCGGUGCAUCGAAGUCAACUGCCCUCGUACAUCCAUCGGUUUUGCGACAAUCAACGACCUAUACCGGCACGAAAAAUCGGUGCAUGGUAAACACGUCGGCAAGUCGCGCAUGUACAAGUGCUUCGCGCCUGGUUGUGCAAAAGCUUCGAAGCUGUGGCCGCGGCUCGACAACUUCAAACAGCAUCUUAUUCGCAUGCACCCGAACGAAGACAUCGACGCGUUAGUAAAACGAUCAGAACAGUGGCAAGAAGAAGAGGAGGGUGGUCCAGAUUCUAUGCAACUUGAUCGAAUCGACACUCAGGACUCAGUCAUAUCUUCACUGCAGAACGUCAAGCGUCUCAGGUCGCCGCCGCAUCUGCCCGGUCCGUCGGGUGAUCGCAUGCUCACCCAUCGCUGGGACGUAACUCCUCCCACAUCAGCGACCAACCCCCAAGGUCGUCCAGAUCAGCUUCUUCGCGGCAUCGUCGAUAAGCCACAAACGAACGGCACCCCUGCAAGUGGUCGUCAGCCAGGCGAUCCGUAUCGCCAAAUUCAGCCCACAGGCCCAGACGGUAACAGAAUGGGCGGACCCAACGCGACUCCGACCCACCCAUCACACUCUCAAAGAGACAGCCAAAUGUCCGAGCCACCGCCUCUCGAGCCAGACGAGAGCAAGACCAUUUCACGCGCAGCUGAGGUUCGAGAGCUAUCGAGCGAGGCGAGAUGCGGAUCAUGUCAUCUAGCAGGCAGGCGCUGCUACAUCGACAGCGCGAACCCACGACACUGUGUCUCAUGUCCGACUGAGAACCACUGCAUCUUCCGUCGAACUGUAGUCCGCGAAGGACCUGCCACUCACUUCCUCUGGCACGAAUUAGUGGGCAUUCACAACAUUCCACAGGCCAUGCCCCUCCACCAUCAGCAACAGCACAUGAUUCACAUGCAGCAGCCUCCGCCUGGCCCAGGACCGCAUCCGAUGGCACAGGGACCACCGCCGCAACAGCCGUCGCCGAUCAUGCACCCUCGAGGUCCUCCCCAGCCUCAAGGUCAGCCGGGCCUAGAUCCAGCUCUGAUGACGCCAGCGCCAGCAACGGCGCCGAGCCAGCCGCCUUCUCAACCUGCACAACUGCCUCCGUCGCAGCAGCAGACACCGGCACAACAGCAGCUACAAGGACCCCAGAGUGUCGCGUCCACCCCACAGGGGCCGGCCCAGGCUUCAGCGACGCUGCCUGCGGAUCCUAGCCCCGCGCCGUCUCUGCAGCAGUAG